AUGGUGGAACACAGCGGCCUGGAUAUUAUGUGCCUAAACAAGUAUUGUCACAGCUCCUCCUCGUCUUCCAGCUCUGAGCAAGAAAAGAAGAUUUUCACCAAACUAAAGCUCAGUUUGUCAGGGGACUACCCGAGGAAGAACGCAGAGAUCCUCAGCGGGCAGUACGGGGCCAAUUUGCUGCUUAUCGGUGCGGCGUUGAUGCUGGCCAUCGCGAACCAUGGCCCCUCUGUCCAGGAAGAGCACUUGCUGUCCUUUGUCACCGGCCUCAUGAUCCUCCAGCUGAUUUGGAUGAUGUGGUACAUCCUGGUGAGAGACAGACGGAAGAACACGCGGACUGAGAGAGAUGUCCAUGCCACCACAUGCUGGAUAAGAGGUGGUUUGACUCUACUUGCACUGCUUUCACUGAUCAUGGACGCCUUCCGAAUCGGGUAUUAUGUUGGCUAUCAGUCUUGUGUGUCGGCUGUGCUCGGGGUAUAUCCUGUCAUCCAUGCAACUCACACCAUAGCACAGGUGUAUUUUCUCUGGUUUCACAUCAAGGACGUCAUCAAGAGUUUUGAAACAUUUGAGAGAUUUGGUGUGAUCCAUGCAGUCUUUACCAACCUCCUCCUGUGGAGCAACGGUGUGAUGUCAGAGGCUGAGCACUUCUUGAACAACCAUAUGAGAAGACUCUCUGCCCUGGGUUACAGAAACCUCACUAUAGAUCACUCGGAGCCGUCCUGUAACUGCACCACCAGCACUUGCUCCAUGUUCUCCAGCACCCUCAGCUAUCUCUAUCCCUUCAACAUCGAGUAUCACAUCUUUGUCUCCGCCAUGCUCUUUGUCAUGUGGAAGAACAUUGGACGGACCAUUGAUCUCUCCUCAAACCAGAAAAGGCUGACUACAAAAACCCAGGGCUUGACCUUAGGCCCCAUUCUGGGUCUACUUGCCCUGGCCAGUACCAUCGGGAUCCUGGUUGUUUACAUCACCAACGUGGAGCAAUCCCUCCAAACACGUCAGUCAGCCAUUUCUAUGUUUUACAUUUAUGGCAUAGUCAUGCUCGUGUUCAUGUGCUCUGCCGGUGCUUCAGGUCUGCUCAUAUACCGAGCGGACCACAUGCCGUUGGACACCUCAAAGAACCCGUCCAGACAGCUGGAUACAGAGCUGCUGUUUGGAUCCUCUGUUGGCUCCUGGCUUAUGUCCUGGUGCAGCAUAGUGGCUGUUGUGGGAACAAACAGCACCCCUCCUUACCGCUGGACCAACCUCAUCUACUCUCUGCUCAUUGUGUUGGAGAAGUAUGUCCAGAACCUCUUCAUCAUAGAGUCUCUUUACCGUCAGCAGGAGGGUGGAAAGCGGGAGGACCCAGAAUUACCGGCUUCUCCCAAAAUUUUCUCAGUGACUUCUUCUUUGGCCCCACCAUACAAUGGAAUCAUCAAUCGAGCCUAUGAGACUCCUGACAGGACCUGUGUCACCAUGGAAAAUGAGCACGAAGAGAACGGACAGGUGUACGGCGGUCCAAGGAAACCUUCUGAGGUGCCCCUGCCUGUGGGAAACAAAAUAGUGGAAGCCCCGAAUAUUAAAAGGCAAAUCCUGAAGAACAUCGCCGUCUUUCUGAUAAUGUGCAACAUUUCGCUGUGGAUCCUUCCCGCCUUUGGCUGCCGGCCACAGUACGACAACGGGCUGGAACAGGAGACCUACGGCUUCAGCAUAUGGACCACAGUUCUCAAUUUUGCCGUUCCUCUGAACCUUUUCUACCGCAUGCAUGCUGUUGCUUCCCUAUUUGAGGUGUUCCGCCGGGUCUGA